AUGAGUAGCGUGUGAGUAUCGACAUAUCGAUACCACAGGAUCGAUACGCACAUCCCUAUGCUGCACACAGCCGGAGCCAGACGGAGAGUAGCAGCAUUGAGAGAGCUCGACUACAAGAUGGACAUACGGAAGUUUUUCAACAAAGAUUUGGCUCGCAUCCCUAAACUCCGAUGAAACAUGGUGCCACUGUGAGAUGCUGUUAAGACAAUGGUGAUUGGUUCGCACGUGGAUCCUGAGACGGCCCAGAAGUCUGCUGAGACCCGGGGGCCAUCUUGGCCGGUCUUGCUGCUCACGCUGGCUGCCGUCACCACCUCCUCCUUGUCAGCUCUGUCCUUGUACCAGCUGGUGGUCCUCAGAGCUGAGGUGGUUGGACUGAAAUCCGAGAUGUGUCGCAGGAGGGAAGAGAGUCAGGAGGCCAAGCGUAGAGACCAGACUGAGGAUAUCAGUCAUGGGAGAGGCAGCCAGACAGACCCGCAACACGCUUUCACCCUCUUGAGGAGGAGGAGGAUGGUCUCUGGGACAGACAAACCAGUUUCUCAGUCGUGUCUACAGUUGUUGGCGAAUAAUAGCAGGAGAACCUUCAGGAAAGACUUUGCCCUGGAGCCAUACACAGGCAUCCCUUGGCAGACUGGCCUGAGGAGGGGCUCUGCACUGGAGGCAGUAGGAGACUGCAUGGAGGUCCGAGAGGAGGGCUUCUUCUUUGUCUAUAGUCAGGUGUACUACAUGGACAGCACUUUUGCCAUGGGCCACGUGGUGGUCCGGAGGAAGAGGACGGUGGUGGGUGACGAGGCUCAGUAUGUGAUCCUGUUCCGUUGCAUCCAGAGCAUGAACCCUGUGUACCCUUACAACACCUGCUACACAGGAGGUGUUGUGAAGCUGGAGGUGGGCGACCAGUUAGAGCUGCUGAUCCCCAGGUCCACAGCCAACGUGUCCCUGGACGGAGACGCAACCUUCUUGGGCGCUGUCAAGCUGGUUUAAAGGCUGUCACCUCACAUGAGAAGCACGCCUUCAUCCUGGAAGAGACAUUUGUGCACAGCAUGAAAGAGAGACUGUCUGAGCAGGUUACAUUUAUCCAUCUAUCCAUCCAUUUUCUACCGCUUGUCCUUCUCUGGAGCCUAUGUUACACAUGCUGCCCAUGUUACAAUUAUACUUCCUUCCAAAUAAUCAGUAAUAUUAUGCAUUUGCAAGCUACUGCAUUAUUUACCAUGUAGCAAAAGCCAUCUUUUACACAAAAGAUUUGCAGAAUCUGUCGCUUUUUCUUCGCAGCCCUAUUUAAGAUGUGUGGCAAAGCCUCUUUUUUUUUACUUUCCCCAUAGCAGGGCGUGACAGAAAAUCAUUGGUAAAAAAAACACACGUUUUUUUUAACCAAAGAAGCAUGAAAAUGUAUUUCAAAUACAAAUUUUUCUCGUUUAACUUACCUCACACGCCAAUCAAAUGCGAAUAAAAGUCAGAUGUUCGAAGCUAAGCAGAAGAUAAUUUGGCCAUGGUAUUGGGUGUAAAACGUUUAAUGAACCUAAAGAUUCAUGCACAUUUCGGCCAGAACAUUAUUAAGACUUUAUAGCAUAGCAAUUUGCAAUAUUCAGUAUGAGUAGAACUGUAUUGCGAUGAUUCUAUACUGUUAUCAUAUGGACUCCAAAUUUUUAAAAAAUGGCGCCUUAGUGAGUGUUUGGCACACACACUAGCUGUACAGCUGGAUUAAAGUCACUACAUUUGACAUGCAAAUAAAAUGUAUAAUUGUGUGAAUGCUCCAAAGCAUUCACACAUAUGGUUUUCUACACCAAAAUUCAUCUAUUUAUUAUUCAACUUAUUCUUAUUUUUCUUCUUCUCCAGAUUUUGGCGCGCUCUACCUUCCGCAUUUUUCAUCCCAUUCAAACCGUUCCAACUUCAAACUGUUCAGCCUGUUUGGGAAUCGCAGGCUUUCCCUUGACAAAUUCCCAGAUUUCCCAGAGUUCCAGGUUUUCCGGGACAUUUUUCCCAUUCAAAAUGAAUUGGCCAUUUUUCAAACUUCCACCAUUUUCACAUUUUUCAACCGAUUCAAACCAUUUCACCUUCAACAUAUUCCACCCUUUUGGAAAUUCAAACUUCCCUUUUUCCAAGUUCUAAAAAAUUCCAGGAUUUUCCACAAUUCCUGGUUUUCCAAAGCCCUAUUUCCACCCUUUUUUCUGGCGACUACUCCUUCCACAUUUUUCAACCCACUUCAACCGUUCCACCGUCAAAACAUUCCUCUUAAUUAGGACAAAAAACAAAGUUGUUUUAUGAACUGAAAAAAUUCCCGGUUUUCCCGAAAUUUCAGGAAUUCCGUAAUACCAUUUUUCAAUUCAACAUGUUACUACUUCAACAUUUCUCGACCGAUUUCAAAAUUUCCAACACCAACCAUUUCAACUCAUUCAAGUGUUUUACUAUUUUCCAAAAAAUUCCAGAUUUUCCCAAAAUUCCCUAAUACCAUUUACUACUUCAACAUUUCUUGCCCAAUUUAAACAAUUCCAACACCAACCAAUUCAGCUCAUUCAGGACAUUCAUACUCCUAAUCAUUUUCCAAAAAAAUCCCCCUUUUCCCAAAAUUCCAGGAAGUUCCCAUUGGACUGGGACAGUUUUCCAAGUUGCUCAAUUCCCACAUUUUUCUACCUAUUCAAACCAUUCCAACAUCAACACAUUCCUCUUAUUCUGGACAUUCAAACUAACACUUUCCCAAGUUCCAAACCAAGACCGGUUUUACUGGAAAUUCAAACCAUUCCAACAUUCAAACUAUUCUUACAUUCAUACUACAUUCUGUCAGCAUUUCAGUUCAACCUCAGCAUUGGAGCAUUCACACGCAAUUCCUUCAAGAAUUGCCUCUUCGAGUUAGCUAAUAUAAUUGUUGUUUAAACAAAUAUCUGUGCAGAAAGUAAUAUGAAAAGUGCAACUCUGGUCGAUGAGCCAAAUAGUAAACAGGAGAAGACAACUUCCCACAUUUACCAUUUGGCGUUUAAAGAUCAAAAUGAUCCCACAAGUGGGAAUUUUCCUUUUUUUCUUAAUUUCAUUUAUCGGGGAAAGAUGUUAAUGUCUCUUUUUUUCAUGUCAGCAUUUAAGCGAGUAAGCUGGCACCAGUAAGUGUUUUUAAAGUGAAGUUAUUAAACACGGCUUUUUGGUCAUUUUAAUUUAAAACGGUAAGACAAACCGUCGGGAGUUAUACCUCGGUUAUCAUUAUUACCGUUUAUUGUUACAUCCGUCGAUAUUACAAAAAACAAUGAUAGAGUAAUUCACUUUGAAAUAACCGGUAAUUGCUAUUAAAUAAAAUGAUAUAGUUUUUUACAGUCUGGUGUUGUAAUAUUAGAGGGAAUUGUGAUUACAGUAUUUUACUGUAAUAAAUGCUGUCAAAUCCUUGUAAACGUUUACAAUGUGGGAAUUGCAAAAUCUGCGAAACUCGUUAGAAAACCAUCCGAAAAUCACUAAUUUUAAACCACAUUUGUAGGUCCAUAAUGGGGUUCAGCAACCCGUGGCUCUAGAGCCACAUGCGGCUCUUUAGCGCCACCCUAGGGGCUCCCUGGACCUCUUUCAGAAAUGUGUGAAAAUUUUUUUUUUUUAAAUGGUUUCUGUAGGAAGACAAAUGUGACACACACCUUCCUAAUUGUUAAAAAAUCCCACUGUUUAUAUUAAACAUGCUUCACUGAUAGUAUUUGGCGAGCACCGUUUUGUCCUACUAAUUUCAGCAAUCUUUGAACUCAUCGUAGUUUGUUUACAUGUACAAAUGUCUGAUGCUGCCACAUAAAGACAUGUU